AUGGCUAGCGUGGUUCAAGAAGCUGAGGAUGGUUAUGCUAAGGAACUGGAUAAUAGGCUCACACUCCUGGAAAGAGAGAGUUAUGAGCUUCAGAAAACUAGUGAGGCAUAUUUGAAAGAAUAUUAUGAAUCAGCAUUCACCCAACGCAUGUCUUCAAAUCCCUUAUUCGCAUUCAACCAAUCCCAUCCUCAACUCCCGCCUACUGCAACUGAUGCUGACUAUCUCAACGAGUUGACGAAACUCGCAUUAGAAAACCUCACACUUGCCAACACCGAAAAGCUAGAACUAGAGAAACGUAAAGCAUACGCUUCCAAAUUAGCUGAAGAACGCCUCGCAUCCUCAAUCGCAGAUCUACAGUUACGAUAUGCUAAACGAGCAGAGAGUUUCCAGCCACCUACACAAUGGUUUAUGCUAUCAUCACCAUCUGAUUCGAUUGUGCGGGUGCUUGCAAUAGACGGGCAGUACAGGCUAGCUAUAACGGACAAGAAUAUGGAGAUUUGGAAGUGUGGUGGUGGGAUAUUCGGAAAUGGAGUUGAUGACAGUAGUAGUGGACAUGAAGCGUUUAGACUUGUUGGGAUUGUUAGGCCGGGGCAUUUGAAUAAUAUUACGGCGGUGCUGGAUGUGCCUUUGCCUACGGAGGGGGCUGUUGUGAACACGAAUACAAUGGGUGCUGUGGCAGGUGCUGCUACGUCGAAACCUGGGACGACUUCGUUAAUGCCGAUACAGACAAAGGGCAGUGGUAUACCACAACCAGUAUCUGGGAAUCUUUUGACGCCAUCAACGACAUCUACACCAUCAUCACAGGCUUCGGGUUCAUUGCUGCCUACACCAACAGGAAACAAGAGAGAUGGAUCAUUCCCGACAGUCAAGGAUGUUAAAAAGACGAUACUGCUAGGAUGUGCCGAUGGUCAAGGAGUACUCGUAGAAAUAUCCAUAACAGAUAAUCACCAGCAACAACAUAAUCCUUCUAAAUCACACCACGCACAACAAGCAACACCAGCAACAAUAGACAUCGCCACAAAAUGCACAAUCCUGAAAACCCGUAAAUUGUCAUCCUCAGCUAUACGGCAAGGAGUCUCUGCCUCAGGUCUCAUAGCAGUAGCAGCAGCAACAGGGCUGUACCUCUUCACACCCGAACUCGAAACACGAUUCUCAUGGCCUGCAGAUGUAUUGCUAACCAUAUGCAAAGACCGUGGCUCCAACGUCGCACAACCUGAAACCAUGAGUCGUGGAGUCACAUCAUCCGAUGGCGUUACAGUCGUAUUUGUGACAACCGACGCUACAAGACAAACCUCACGUGUAUUCGCACUGCUAUCAACGGGAUCACUAGCUGUUAUUGAAUGGCUGAGCGAUGAGUCCAAAUCGUACGCUUCGUGGGUUGCUGAUCUAGGGACGAGACCGCCUGUUGAUUUUCUAGGUGUGCUUGGACCAGAAGUUAGUUUAAGGAAACAAUAUCAUUUAGCAUGUGUGUCGGAAACUACGUUGUGGACUUUUGAUCCUGCAUUGUCUGGGUUUGAGACGAGGUAUAAUACUGGUGCGGGCAAGGGAGUUAGUAUGCAUUUGAUUUGUUUGGAGGGUGAAAGUUUUCAGUCUGUUAUGGUUGUUAUCACUUCUCAAGGAAUUCUGCAAAUGUUUCAACCUGGAGCUCAAAUACCCUUGUGCUCAGUCAAGCUAGUAACGCAUUUGACGGAUCCAAGACCAGCAGCGUGGAGGAUCUUUGUGGUUGAUUUGGAGUCUGCUUUGAUUUGUGCUUGUCAAGGGAGCGAGUAUCUGGGAUUACUUUUUGGACUAGAUCGAGAAUCCGAAAAGGAUGCUAUAUUGUUGGACUUAUAUUAUUAUACUCUCAAAUUCGCAAAGGACAAAUCAUUCACAGCAGAGCAGGCAUCUGCACUUUUUAGUAUCGUGAAGAGCACUCAUCUGUCAUGCACAACAACACCAUUCAUAAACAUGGAAAAAGACUAUGCCAAUUUCAAAACACUGCUUGUUCACCAUUCAGUACAACGACCACCGUUUAGUCAAAAGAUCUUUUCGUUGGCUGAAAUGAAGGCUAUAACUGAAUAUGUCACAAACACGUACUUUCGACACUACCUGUUAUACAAGUAUGCAUUCUCGAAAAAGAUGCGGAUGGACUUUUUGGUGGAGGAGCCUGUUGUUAACGAGACGCUAGCGGCAAAUACCACAGCGGAGACAACGACAGCCACACCUUCGGAACUCCCUGUAGCUGCUGAAACAACAUCGACUGAGAAACCACCCGCAGUACCAUCACUUGAAUCGAAAUCACAACAACAAGGAGCACCAGCUUCUGUAUCCGUUCAAGAAAGCAAGUCAGCGCCGGUUUCAACUGAUUCACCACGAGAUCGAGCAGCAGCGGAACUCAACAAGAUACUGCAAUCUACAUUUGCCCCACAGAUUAAUGAGAUGAUGAAGGCUAUAAAUCAAAAGAUGGCAGCACAGGAUGAAGCGUUGCUACAUAAAUUGAAGAAGUUGGAAGAGCUAGAGUCGAGUGGUGGUACCAGUAGUGGAGUUAAUGCAAAGAGUAAAUCUGGGAAGAAUUGA